CGGAAGUGCGGGGACGCGGCCGAGCCGGGGGUGGGCCACGGUGCGCGUGGGGCCGGGGCCCGGCCGGCCGGGCUCCGAGAUCCCUACAACCGCCCAGAAUCAGACUCCCGGACCCGCCCCGGAAGCCAAGAAGGGGGCGCGGGCCCGGAGGCAGGAAGCCCUGCUGGAGGAGCGCCGGGGACGCGGGCGGCGCUGUUGCCGGAAUUAAAGCUGGACUCCCAUUCAGGACAGACAGACCUAUAAUUCCUGGUGUGAUGAGAGAGUGGGAUUUGCCGUCCUGAAGUCAUUAAGCUUGGGCCCUGGUUCCUCUUUAUGAGAGACUAGGGAGAUGGAAGACUUAAAAUCUGAGAAUAAAAAAAGGGUGCUUCCCGCAUGGAUGACAGCCCAGGUGGCUGAAAAGAGGACGGUGCAGGUGAAGACCCCCAACAAGAGGAGAACAGCCACGGCGCCAGUGGCUGCAGCAAGACUUCCUGCCAUGAGGACUGUGUACUGCAUGAAUGAAGCUGAAAUCGUAGACGUUGCUCUGGGGAUCCUGAUUGAGCAGGGCCGAAAACAGGAAAAGCCGUUGGAACAGCUGCCUGUGGCAGGCGCUGAUAAGCCAGAGCACUCCCCAGCCGGCUCAGCGCCGCCGUCCCCGAGUCCCCCCGGGAGCAGCAGUGAGGACGAGGCCUGUGGGGCAGACGGCCCUCCUCCGGGGCCUGCGGGUUCUGACUCGGCCCGCAGCAGAGGCCGCGAGGAAGACCAGGAUGCGCUAAAAUACGUCAGAGAGAUAUUUUUCAGCUAAGGGACAAACUUCCAGGACUUUCUGCCCAGAGUGGCUGAAGGAAGCUGGGUUUCCCUCUUGGCCUGGGCGCUGCCCUCAGACUGUCACGGCUUCUGCUCCCAGCUUCGCGCCUCUCUGGGCUGCGCAGAUUCACCUUGGGAGGUGAGGAAUCAGGAUGAGCUCCCAUUAGAAAUCCUCCCUGCACUGUGCUCUCUCCUCGCUCAGAGGGCCUGGGAUCCCCACUGUCUGUUGUGUUCAGUUACCUGGUUCCAGGGAGGUGAGGUUGUGGUGGUCAACUUACUGGAACCAAAGAGUCAACUUAAUAAUUCUUAAAGAAAAACAAGUUUGGCUGCUAAGUACGCUGGAAUUUCUACUGUUUGGCCUCCCUAAGGAGGAAGCCUAUUUUAAAAAUAGCUUCCAUCGCGAGGCAGUCAGUCAGUCAGUCUGUGAGCCCUUGCUCGUCCAGCCCUGAACCAGACAUCUUGCCACAGUGCUGGGCUCCGUCUAGGAGCCUGAGGCUCAGCGUACAGAUUAAGAAGCCUCCUGACCAAUCAGGCCUCCUCCCCCCGAGCUGCCACCUUUCUUCCACUUGGUGGCCUCGGCCUUGGUCCCUGGACAGUCGGAAAGCAAGAGUGGGACAGGAACCCAAAGGAGACACCAAGAACAAGACAUCACACUAGAGUCCGUGUUUCUGCUUCUGUAUUCAGUGUGGCUUUUGACAGGCAUAGGAUGAGGCAAUCACGUGCUGUACAGGUUUUCAAUAUAUAGGUGCUGAAAAAUACACAAAGUUCCCCAGUGCAUGAGUUGUGCUUGUAUCCUUUCUGGGCCCGGGGUGAGAGGUGAGGGGAUACAGCAUUCACGUGGAUGUGGAACCGUUCUGUCCUGUGCACCUUCCUCUCCUGACCAGGGACCCGGCGUCUUCGGUUCCUGAACUCCCAGGUCACGUGCUGGGAGUGAUCUGCCCGCUGACCCCCUGCUCUGUCGGCCUUCAGGUCCGGGAGCCUUUUCAGGGGAACCUUCAAAGCCACCAGGGCUGCUCUUCGUGCCCAUGUGUUCUGUCUUCGGUGAAUCCCUCAGA